UUUUUCCAGGGCUGCGGCACCCAUGGCAGCCCGAGCUCCCUCCGAUGUUAGCAGCGUUCAAGCGGGAGCAGCUGCAGCGCCAACAACGCCAGAGAGGCUUGAGGAGGUCGAGACGCUUCUCGCGUACAAGAAGCCAUGGCCUGCGUUUCUCUGCGCCGGAGUGGAUGUCCACGGUGAGUGGGACAACUGCCCGGAGGGUGCCAGGGAUGCGCUGGAAUGGAUGGCUUCAACGGCCGUGGGCUUGCUGGAUAUUGCGAGUGUUGGCCCUCUCACACCUGUCUGCAAGGCAUUCACGGCUCUCAUCGAGGCUGCACAAGGCGCUAUGGAGGUAGUCAAGAACCUGCGGGAAUUGGUCACUUGGUGCGCGUUCCUCGUCGGUGUACUCAUCGAGCACGGCAAGCAAGUGGAAAAUCUGAAGGCGGUCAACAAGCCACUGAACGAGUUCGUCGCCACAACCGGCGAGCUGGCGAAACGUGCGAAUGUCGUGGCGGGGAGAGGCAAGAUGGAGGAACGCUCGCGGCCUCUCCCUUUACCAGACAUGGCCGACGUCCCUGCUGCGGCGCUGAAGCUGCCGCCUAGCCACGUGAAGCGUGUAGGACUGGAGGCCGAGAUCCUCAAAAGUCUCACGACUACCGACGCGUCCGGUGCUCCGUAUGUACUGCUGGGCGUGGGGGGAGCGGGCAAGUCGUUGCUGGCAUCUUCCGUUGUUCGGACCGAGGAGGUUCGGAAGCACUUUCGAGCAGGCGCUUUUUGGCUGAGGGUGGGACCGGGGGGUGAGGACCAGCUUUUUGCGCUCUGUGAUAUUUUGGCAAGGAAGGUUACUCCCGCGACCAAACUACCGCAACAAUUCAACAGCCUCGAGGAUAUCAUCCAGCACUUAACUGUCGUUGUUGCGGAGGACAGGCUGCCUCGCCUAAUGGUCCUGGAUGAUGUAUUGGAACGUGCGGUCGUGGACACGUUGCGACCCACGGGGCUCCGUCUGCUCGUGACCACCCGUCUGGAUUCUUUGGUGGCUGUGAGAGGGGGACGCACGGUCGUUGGGAACAUGGACAGGGCGGAGGCCCGAGAGCUCCUGAAAAGCAAGAGUGGUGCCAUAGAACUUCCGGAGACGGAGGCUGAUCAGACGAAGACGAUCCUGGGUCCGCAGAUGGACGCUGACAUCGGUGACAACCCGACCAAGGAAUCGUUGUUCCACGUCCUGGACCUGAGCUUGAAGUAUCUCGGUCGACAUCAGCACCGCCUGUUCCUCAGCUUGGUUGUGCUCGCCCGUGGCGUUUCGGCUCCGGCCCCUAUGCUGGCCAGCAUCUGGGAUAUGGUGGGCCUUUGCGUGAUCAAGUGUGCAACAUCGUUGGAAAAGGUGGACAACAUGGGUGCCAGGAACGAAGCUGACUUUUUCGUGAGCAACUCCCUUCUGCAAGAGGUGGAUGGCUCCUUUCGCGUGCACGACCUUCUGUUGGACUUCGCUCGGACUAGGUGCGAAAAGGAGAUCUUGGACGAGGCCGUGAAACGCCAAAGCCAGUACCUGCGCAGGCUGGCUGUGCUCCAGGACUAUCGCGCCAAGGGUGACCCUCUUGAAGGCCUCUACUCCCUCAUCGUCCUGUGGCGAAAACUGGCAGAGCAUUGUGGUAACGAGCAGGUGGAGGUGGAAGCCUACCACGCCAGUCUCGGGGAGCUCGGCGACGACGAAUCAGCAGGCGCCGCGGACGCUUUCUCGGCUGUGGGGCGAUUGCUUGGACUCGAGACUCACCUUUAUGUCUCCUUCCAGGGCAAGUUAGAUGAGGCCGGCCCGUUGUACGAUAGGGCCAUCAGGAUUUGGGAGGCGGCUCUUGGGCCCGAGCACUCGCAAGUGGCUACAGCGCUCAACAACCGGGCGCGGUUGUUGAGAGUACAAGGCAAGUACGACGACGCCGAACAACCUUACGAGCGAUCACUAGCCAUACGAGAGAAGGGCAACUACGACGAAGCCGGGAAGUUGUAUGAGCGUUCUCUUGCCAUCCGCGAGAAAGCACUAGGGCCUGACCACCCGGACGUGGCCCAGUCGCUCAACAACUGGGCGGGGUUGUUGGGCAAGCAGGUGAGAGCCAUCAGAAAAUUCCAGGAAGUUUCUUGUGGUACCCGAUAG